GGUACGGUACCGUCCAGUACGCAGGCUUCAGGCGUAAGACACAAACGUCAGUAGUUUCGUAUCUGGAUCGGAACGACUCGCGGCCGCUAUCAUGUCGCGCGCCGUGCUUUUUAUUAGUGUUUUUACCAUAUUUUUGGACGUCCUGCACGCUGGACAGGCGAGUACGGGCGCCGAGCCUCAAGUGGCGGUGCUUUGCGAGGCGGGCUCAACGUACCACCCUCAGUACAUGUCGUCCGCCGGACGAUGGACUCCCGACCUGACCACCAAGCCGCACAACUGUUUGAAGGAUAAGAUGGAGAUUCUCGACUAUUGCAAGAAGGUUUACCCGAGCCACGACAUAACGAACAUCGUCGAAGCAUCGCACUAUGUGAAAGUCAGCAACUGGUGCAAGCUGGGUUCUGGCAACGCGGCGAAAUGCAAGACCACGCGAUGGGUCAAGCCCUUCCGCUGUCUUGAAGGUCCAUUCCAAUCGGACGCGCUCCUGGUCCCCGAGAGCUGCCUCUUCGAUCACAUCCACAACCAGAGCCGCUGCUGGCAGUUCGCGAGGUGGAACGCGACGGCUGGACGCGCUUGUGCACAACGCGGUUUGAGACUGAGGACCUUUGCGAUGUUGCUGCCGUGUGGGAUUAGCCUGUUCUCUGGAGUGGAGUUCGUGUGCUGCCCGAAACAUUUUAAGGAAAACGUAAAACUCCACAAGCCCAUGGACGUUGGCGUGCCCGUGAGCCCUGGUGGUGAGGAGAUGCUCGCAGCUUCAGCAGCUAUGGACGAACGCGAUGACGAUCUGUUGGAUGACGAUGAUGCGCUCGAUGACGACGAUGAUGACGACACCCUCAACCUGAGCGAUGAUGACGACGACGACGAUACUGAUGACGAUAUGGAUGAAGAUGAAGACGCAGACUUCUCCCGGGAUGAUGACGCUGAAGAUGAUGACUAUACGGAUGGUGAUGAUAGCGCGUGGCCCCGACCUGACUCGUCACCAGCUCCUUCAACUACAACCACCAGCACCACCACUUCUACUACCACUACGGCUUCAACGGCUACGUCUGACCCCUACUUCUCCCACUUUGACCCGCGCACCGAGCACCAGAGCUACAAGGAUGCCCAGCAACGUCUUGAGGAGACUCACCGCGAAAAGAUAACCAAGGUGAUGAAGGAGUGGUCGGAGCUGGAGGACCGCUACCAGCAGAUGAUGGCGAGCGAGCCGGCCGCCGCGCAGACCUUCCGCCAGAGGAUGACCGCUAAGUUCCAGGCCAAUGUACAGUCGCUGGAAGAGGAAGGCGUGGCGGAGCGCCGGCGGCUGGCGGCGCUGCACCAGCAGCGCGUGCUGGCGCACCUCGCCCAGCGCCGCCGCACCGCUCUCGCUUGCUACACCCGCUCUCUCAGGGACACACCUCCCAAUGCCCACCGAGUCCAGAAGUGUCUGCAGCGGCUGGUGCGAGCGCUGGCAGCGGAACGCAGCGGAGCCAUCGCUGCUUGGCGCCGCGCUGCAGCCGCUGGAAGGGAGGCUGCAGCCGCUGAGCGGGCCAGUGCGGCUGAUCGAUUACAGGACGCCGACCGUGCUCUUCAACGUGCGCUGACCGCUCUCCGCCGCCGCCAACACUUGUACGCCAACAUCGGGACCGCCAUCGAGGAUUACGUACAGUCCAUGCAAUCCAAGGAUGACAUGGCUGUGUCCCUGAUGUCGAUGACCCCUGAAGCCGAGGAGCUGCUGCUGGACCGCAUCGAAGCUGAGGUCCAGAGGGAACAAGCUGCCAGAGAACAGAUGAGUGCCAAGCGGGACCAGCGUACUAGACAGAGACAGGAUAUACAGAACGAGAGGGCCAAGACAUCAAACGGCGUGAAAGAGAGCGACGAGACCGAUGACGAGGCCAGCGAAGUGAGUGAGGGAGAUGAAACUACUUCCGCUCCGACCACCCAAGGAGCUCCAUCAUCCGUUGCUGCAUCUCCUUCUCCACAUCUUACUGAUGCCUCUGUUCCCGUCAAUGAUGUUACAACCAGGGCGACUUUCGUACAGGAUACUACUACUACGGAGGUGAUCACUAGCACAGUGACGGAGGCUCCAGAAAGCGAAACUCCUGAAAUUGGCGACAUUGGAGAAACUUCCAGCCGACGAUCCACCAGCGAGACGGAGGGCGAGGGCCUGCGCGCGGCGCUGGAGCACGCGGAGGAGCGCGCGCCGCCGCCGCCCGCGCACGCGCUCAAGCACGAGCUGCAGCACUCGCAGCCCGGUUACACGGUCCGCGGCGCGGGUCCGUCGUCGGGAGCGGGCGGCGGCGCGGGCGCGCUGUACCCCGCGCUGAUGGUGGGCGGCGCGGGGCUCGCCGCCGCCGCCUGCGUCGCGCUCGCCGUCGCGCGCCGCCGCUCCGCCGCGCCCGCCGCACAGGGCUUCGUCCAGGUUGAGCAAGCAGGCGCGGUGGCGCCCACUCCUGAAGAACGACACGUGGCCAACAUGCAGAUCAAUGGCUACGAGAACCCCACCUACAAGUAUUUCGAGGUCAAGGAGUAGAUCCCCACCCCUCACCACCCUCCAGCUACCCCCCACCGCAUCUCUAACUGAAAUAAAGGAAUUAUCUUGUGUGUAACUUUGUAAGGCUUUCGCUGCAUCUUUUGGAGUGAUCUUCUUGGAGUUUAUUUUGACAGGAUUAAAUCUGGUGGGAGGCGAUAUUCAUAACGUUUAAUUUUAAAAGCUUGUGUGAUUAGUGGACUUAUGGAGUUAAUUUCUUAGCGAUAACUCGCUAUCAGUCAUACUUAAGGUUAGAAGUGAUAUGGUUUUAUAAUUUGUAAUUUUUUUGGCACCAAAAUAUUUAUUAUUAUUUCUUAACAUUUAGAUCUAAGUUCUUGUCUAGUGUCCUAGAAGUCAUAAGUGUCACAUUGUAGUCGAGUUUUAAAAUUAAGUUUUCGACCCGCUGCCCCCUGGUAACCCCCAGCGGUGUUUGCUUGAACUUUUGAUGCAUUUCAUUAUAGUUAGAUAUUUUCACGUUGAUCUCAUUUUAAUGAAUCUCUUUAUAUUUUAAUGAAACCUCUGGAUGCUACCGGCGGGGCGAGCGGAACAACGUCCAUGGUACGCUGUGUACAUAGGCUCCGCGUACAAAUUUGAACCUAAAUUACUUACUCUUAAAGCCCGCUUUCAUUUACUUUUCUAACGUAGGUAGAUCAUAACGUGAAUUUUAUGUAAUAAAAUGCGAAAAUAUAUUUUAAUAAUUAAUGUGUACUUAGCGGAGGGACGGCGGCAAAGCCGGCGCGGGUGAACCUUCUAGCACCUUCUAGUCUUCUCUAGUCACUGACUCGGCUUGUUAGAAGCUCCUUUGUGUAUAGCGAUUGGUCCCUCGUCUCGGACCUGUCCCCUUCGCUCCUCUAUCAACUAUAUCUCUCUUCGUUCACCCGCGGGACAAUACUCAGAGUCCCAAAGCGAAUAAUCGCCGUGUACUCAAAGUGUGUUUUCUAAUAUCAAACAAAACUCUUCAAUAACACCGAAGAUUUGUGACAACUUUGUAAAAAAAUCUUGCCAAUUCUAGUCAAGAUUGUAGGGCAUCGACUUACGAACGUUUCGGCUAACGGUUGUAUCCAUAGAUAAAAGAAAUAUAUAAUUUUAUCUAUGGUUGUAUCGCACCUUGGGUACAUUGGCUCGAAUCAAAUAAGCUUAGUGGGUGUAUGUACGGUUAAUAUAUAAGUAGAUGUACAAAAAGUAAUACAUUAUAUAGAUGUUUUAGCGUCAGAUACAUAGAUAUAAAGCAAAAUAUAAUUAUAUAUCGCAUACGUCCGUAUAAAGUAAGGGCUUGCGCUCGUGUCUAACCCACGUACCACACUUAAUGUUACGUCGUAGUUAAGAUGUAAUUCUGCCUCAGUAUUAUAUACAUUUAAGCUUAUUUGUUACAUAAGCUAAUUUAUAUACACUAUUUCUAUUUGUUUGCGGGCGCAGUGGCGUUGCUACUAUUUGAAGUCAUAUCAGAUACGUCAAGGCGUUUUUGUAGCGUUUAUUUUGUUGUGAUGUAUCGAUCACCGGUGAGCAAUGGAGCGUUCGAUGUGAAGUAGUACCAGUUAAGGAUAAUAGAUGGCGCCUUGAUCGAAAUACAUCGCGAUGGAGUAAGAACGCGCGCCCGUGGCUUGUACGGCAUUUACAUAAGUUACUCACUGUAUUAAAGUAAGUUUAAUCCCGCAUCAAGUAUCCGCUGUGUAUUUUUACUAAUGAUAAUAAACAAGCCGAUCUCCGACUUAUUUUUUUACAAAUUUUUGCUCAAAAUCUGUCCCUUUCAGUAAGUUCCAAUGUCGAUAAUUCGUCGUUUGUCUUCUAUAUCGAUGUUAGUCGUGUCCAAUCUGGUUUCCGAACCCCACUCACUGUUUCACGUAUUUUGAUAAGUACAUAAAUAAUGGUUUGAUGAAAUUUGUGUUUACUGUGCUGCAUUUCAUUGUGAGUUCGAAGUUCAAAUUGAAUCAAUAAAUAGACAUUUAAAAAUU